AUGAGUUCUCUUCAUGCGCCUCUCUUGGUUUCCGAGCCUCGGAGUGUCAUGGCGUACGCUUGCGCUGGCCAUUGUGCCGGAUUGUCCCUGAUCGUGCUGGUUGCGAUCAUCUGGGUGGCUGCUUCACAGCUCAUCGAGACGAUCUUCAAGGACCAGUCCUUCGACCAUCCCUACUUCCUGACCUACUUCAACACCUGUGGUUUUUCCUUCUGGCUGUUGGCCUCCACCUGCCGCCGGCGCCGGCGUGAUGCCUUCGCGGAGCAAGCUGCUGAGGGCGACGGGGAAGCAGCCGCAGGGGGCAGAUGGCAAAAGUAUG